UAACCGUCUGCAGCUCUGCGCCGGUCAGAAUAAUCUUGAAUUUAACAUUGUCAGUUGUGACUGUUCAUGACUCUAUAGUUGAUUUACUGUUGCCGAGCCCUGUGCAGUAGAAACUUCUAGGUUUUUCAAAACAAGAAGAAUCAAGACUGAUCCUUUAAACAAAAGUUGUGACAAGAUUUUACUAGAAUGGCCGAUCGAAAAGCUGUUAUUAAAAAUGCCGACAUGUCCGAGGAAAUGCAGCAAGAUGCUGUGGACUGUGCAACACAAGCCUUGGAAAAAUACAACAUUGAAAAGGAUAUUGCAGCAUACAUCAAAAAAGAAUUUGACAAAAAGUACAACCCCACUUGGCAUUGCAUAGUUGGAAGGAACUUUGGUUCAUACGUCACCCACGAAACAAGGCAUUUCAUCUAUUUCUACUUGGGCCAAGUGGCAAUCCUUCUUUUCAAGUCUGGUUAGGAUUUGUCUGACAAGAGCCUAAUCAUCCAACAAAAACACAUUUUACAAGAUUUUACACUCACAAAGUGAUCCAUCCUAUGAUGUAACCCUUGCUGGUCUCUUGCUCCACUCCCAC